GCGCCAGAGGAGAAAGUGUUUACUCGCGGCAGACACAUCAGUCGGCUCUCCUGCUUGCGGUUGGAGGUUGUCCACAUCCAUUUCCACGGAAAACAUAAUCAUCAUCAUAGUGCCUGCUCGCUGACAUGGACACCGCUAACCAGCUCGCAUCUGUGGGGACGUUUCAGGUGCUGAAGCUGCCUCUGGCAUUUAUCCGUGUUUUGGAAUGGCUCUUUUCCAUCUUUGCUUUUGCGACAUGCGGCGGCUACUCAGGACAGCUGCGUGUGAGUGUGGACUGCAUGGAGAAGGCAAGCAGCAACCUGAGCAUGGCCAUUGACUUUGCUUAUCCUUUUAGGUUAUAUCAGGUGUCUUUUGAAGCCCCCGUGUGUGAGGCCACGAGGAGGGAGCGCGUGUUCCUUACUGGAGACUACUCCUCAUCUGCUGAGUUCUUCGUAACCAUUUCCGUCUUUGCCUUCCUGUAUUCCCUCAUGGCCACCACCGUCUACGUCUUCUUUCUGAACAAGUACCGUGAGAACACUCGAGGGCCGUUCAUUGACUUUAUAGUGACUGUGGUGUUCUCCUUCAUGUGGCUGGUCAGCUCCUCUGCUUGGGCCAAAGCUCUGUCUGAUGUGAAAGUAGCCACUGACCCAGAUGAGGUCCAGCUCCUCAUCCCCGCCUGCAAGGACCCAACAAACAAGUGUGGCUCUCUCAAUGGACCUCGCUGGUCUGGACUCAACACAUCAGUGGUGUUCGGGUUCCUCAACUUUGUCCUUUGGGCUGGCAACAUCUGGUUUGUCUUUAAGGAGACCACUUGGCACAAGGGGACUUCAAAGUUGGCAGCCGGAGCAUCUGAGAAACAGGCCGGCACAUUUACCCAGCAGCCCUACAACCACGGCAGCCUGGACCAGCCGUCCGAAUACAGCCAGGUGGGGGGGCCCACCUCCUACUCCAAUCAAAUGUAGCUUUGUCCUUUCACAAGUGGCACUUCUACGUCUUCAACCCAAGGCAUCAGUGAGUGAUGGUAAAGCAGGACGGUACGGUUUGUCAUCUGUGAGCAAAAAAAAGCAGUCGAGUACAGCCAUUGUAGAUAAAAGUAUUGUGGGGUAUUGUACAAAAUGAUUCGAUGUAGUAUUUUUCUCAUUCUCAUUAAAAGGUUGUGUUUGCUGAUUGUUGUACUUUAGUGGUUGGAAACUCUCAGUGAUGGUCAUUGUGCUCGAUAACUGCCAUACACUGUUUCAAUUUGGUGUCUCUUUCCAAGUGGUUUGCACUCCUGUGUUUGAGGGGAAAAGUUCUCUGUAUAAGUCUUAAAGUGCAUGACGUUUGUGUAAUACUAAGCUUUCUGUCAAGUGAGGAAAAAAGUCUUAUGUCUAAAAGUUUACAAAAUAGACUCCAAACCACCUGCGAGUCGGAGCAGGAUGAAUUGGGGGCAGGAAAUGGAAGUUUACAUUAAAGCACAGCUCUGACAGCUCACUGGUAACUUAUCAGGUAUUACAGAACUUUUUAAAUCUAACGGGAGAUAUUUUUAAUAGUACUUUUUAAAUUUGAUAUGUGCUGAAAAAAAAUAAUUUUGUUAUUUUUUUUACUUAGAUUUGUUUGUCUUUAAAGUGUGAUAAAGAAAACCCAAAGCGAUACCUGCAUUCUAUAAAGCACACUUUGCAAGGUUUGUGCUACAAAGAAACGUUUAUAUGCAACUGCUUUAGCAUGCAGUUAUUGUCUUUAUGGUUUUAUUUUUAGCAGAGUCACUAUAAAUUACUGUUGCUGUUCUUAUGCUUUCUUUCAAAUGCUCUAAAUAUCAGUAAAUCCAAAGUCCAGAAGCUCCAUCAUAGCCCAGCAAAAAAGCAUCACCAGAGUGUCAAUAAAAAAAGUUACAUGUGAGUUAACCUGUAUGUAAGUGAAAGAUUACAGUUUUAAGUUCUGUGCAGUCAGUGUGGGAUCAGAGGGAACGUCUCAGUUACUGUCUGUGUACAUAGUAUGACUUUGUAUUUUUGUCGUUUGACCUUCUGCGCAUGCGGCUUGCAUUAGUGUACUGAAGUAAACUGAACAUUCCAUGUGUUAUGGUCUUAUGUCCAGGACUGAUGUUUUAAGUGUGGAUGAUGUUUUGCAGGACUUUAAGCUAAUAAAGAUACAUAAUUAAUGAAUGCUGA